UUGUGACCGCUUCUUUUGAUAUCUUGCAGAACACUUUCUAUGGUGUGGUGUAAUUUUUUUCCCGGAAAAAUCAAAUGAACCUCGAUCGCCAUCUUUAAUACAGCACAGGUUGGUUGGUAUUGGUUAAUGGCGGGAAAUCUACUGUACGAGCGCAUCCGACUGCGCAAGAUCAAACCGAACCGAGGCGAAUCCCGUACGUGGAAAAUCUCUCCCCGUGUACCAAUCAGUGUCCGAUGCGUUUUCCCUCCACAAUACGAUUCACAAACGUGAGAGUGUGUGUUUGUGGGAAACAACACAUACACCACCGUGCAUGGGUGUUCGAUGCCGGAUAGUUGUGGCCAUCGAACCGGAGGAAAAUUGGCCCACAACUCGCAGUGAUACAAAACAGCGAUAAAACUUUCCCCAGCACAGCACGGUUGCAUGGAAAAGAAGAAGCACAUCGAUCGAAUAAGGAUAGCACCAGUGCAAGAAACACAGCGCUUUGGUUUUCCGACCAGAAUCGUCUUCUCAAGUACGCAGUGUUUCCGUCUCGUUUCAGCACGGCAUUGCGUUACAUUGCCGCAGUUUCUCGCCGGGGUCUGGAAAUUCGAUGGCACCAGAUAUCGGAAUGUGCGGGUCGCCGUACGCCCAAGAACAGUCGGUCACAUGUGGUUUGGGCGAAAGGACGUUCGUGUGCAGUUCGUUGCAGCAGUUCUGGGCAGAAGUUGUCUGAGCUCGAGAAUGUAGCACACGUUGGCAAAGGACAAUAUGGAGUUGCUGUUGGAUUAAAGUGCAGAAAACAGUUGUUGAAUUUUAAACAAAUGAUGUUUAUCUGAUUGUUGAUGUGAAGUGGAAUUUAGAUUGUUAUAUUAUUGUGCCUAAGACAGUGAGGUUGACACUCUUUCAAGUGUUUGUGAUGGUUUAAUAUUGAUACUGUUCAAAAGUUUAAGCAAGCCAUUGUGAAUCUGUUGUGAAGGUGGACAGUAUAGUUAAGUGCGGUGGUGAGCGAAAGAAAGGAUGCUCCAGCAAGGAUACUACGAUCUAACACACACGGAAGCAUCAAGUGGCAGCGAAGCGAACAAUAAUACACCGUUCUCGGUGAAGGACAUACUCAAUAUGGUUGAAUCAGGUGCCGGAGUGGUGGACGGGUAUCUCAACUGUCAGAUGGAAAGCCCCUCGAAUCACUUCUCCUACCCGGCCUACUCCGGCUACGACACGUCCUACCAUCCACCGGAUCCGUACGGCAUGAUCUCACACGGUUACCUCUCACAAACCCACCACCAUCAUCACGACCUCAACUAUGGAUCCGCAUCGUACGACUUUGGCUCUUCAUCGAUGCCAUCGUCCAUCCUACCAUCCCAUCUACCUCCUCCACACUACUCACACAGCCAGUCAUACGGCUCCUACGGUACGCACAGUACGCCGGUAAUCGGUGCGACCAAUGCGACCUCCAGCCCAGCACUCAGCUCCGUAGCAAGUUCGGUUGGCUCAGAGCUGGAGCUCGGUGGGUACGGGUCCGUAGACAAAUCCUCCCUCAUGAACGGUCACGAGCAUCCGUGCUCAAACUUCCUACUGCAAGACGUACGGCCCACCCUGCUGGACACGAGCACACCCUUAGACAGUGCGUCUGGCACGCAGAGUCCAGCCGACGGGAUCAAAAUAAAGGACGAAUCCUUUUCGAGCGUCUCCACCUGCGUCACGUCGGAGCACGUGCAGGAGUUGGACAGUUUGUGUCAGCUAAACAACAACAACACCACCGAGGAGGAUAUGCUGCAAAAAGAAUGCAGCACCCAGCUGGUCACCUCGUCGCGCAGCGAGCUGCGCAAGAAUGGUAAGCUGCGCGCCAAGCGAAAGCCGCGCAUACUCUUCUCCCAGGGGCAGGUGCUCGAGCUGGAGAGACGCUUCCGGCAGCAGCGCUACCUGUCCGCACCGGAGCGUGAAACGCUUGCCAGCAUAUUGAAGCUAACCCCUACGCAGGUGAAGAUUUGGUUUCAAAACCGGCGCUACAAAUCGAAACGCGUACAGAUCGAGAGUGCUUCCGUCGCCAAGUGUGACGCAACGUCCUCGACGGGUGUCGCCGGUCCCCGGUGUCCCUCGGACUCUUCCGGUUCUAGCAGCAAGGAUUACGACGAACUGUCACCAUCCCUGGGCAUGCCGACGGUAGGAACGCAGGGCACCGGGAGCUAUGGAACAGGAUAUCUCGGGUCAUCUGCUUCAGGGACAACUGGGGCGAUGGGUUCGGUUAUGAGCUCGGGGGCCGGUUCGUCGUCUACGGUUCCACCGCCACCACCAUACCCCACGUACGGCCUUCAGUACAGCGAACAGUACUCGUCCCCACCGCCCCCUCCACCACCCCCAAACCCGUACUACGAUCAGAAAGUUUCCUAUUGUUGUUCGAGCAGCAGCAGCAGUGCCAUGAGCUUGACUGCUUCCACCGCCAAGUCGAUCGUCUCGACGCCCUUUUCGAUAAACGACAUUCUCACGAGAAGCCGCCGGGUCGAGCGCCACAGUUCGGGCGAAUCGUCUGGCAACGAGGAGGACAUGCAAACGUUCUACCAUCCCCGACAUCAUCACAACCACUACCACGCACAGCACACGCGACAUACGCAGCAUGUGCGGCGAGGAACGCUGGAACCUUCCGGGAGUCCACGAUCGACCGUGGAAGAAGGCCUGUACGGAAAGUUGAGCAUGAGCUACUACAACAACAACAACAACAACAAUGCUACCACACCAUCCGGUUUCCCCGUAAAUGGAAUACCACCUGUCUUACGCCGAGGGUCGCUCGAUUGUUUCAUGGUGUCUGCCGAGCCGGUGCGUGAACAUGGAGAAGACGUGGCCACCCGUCCGGACACUGGUGACGGUGGCGGUGAUGGUGGGAAUCCGUCGGAACGGAUUGCCAGCAUGCUGCUGGAAGGGGCACGACCGUCCGCAUCAGUCACGGCCACUUGUUACCGGCUGAGCAAGGCGGCCCAUCAGCGCAGUGAAAGCCCCAUCGAUAUGCGACGGUUGGCGGAAAACGAUUCGGAUUGUGACUCAUCGCCCUCGCCUUACACCGGUUCGUUGGGGCUGCACGGUGGCCAAGCGACAACGCUGCACCCGAGCGAGGAGAUGCCGUCCGCAAGGAAAAAGCGCUCCCGAGCGGCCUUCAGCCAUGCUCAGGUGUUUGAGCUGGAGCGUCGCUUCGCCCAGCAGCGCUACCUGUCCGGGCCGGAGCGUUCCGAGCUGGCGAAAAACUUGCGGCUCACGGAAACGCAGGUCAAGAUCUGGUUCCAGAACCGUCGCUACAAAACGAAGAGGAAACAGAUCCAACAGCACGAGGCCGCCCUGCUGAGUGCGACCAAGCGGGUGCCGGUGCAGGUGCUGGUGCGGGAGGACGGAUCGUACGGACCGAUGCUAGCCGCCGGUCAACCACACUACGCCACCGGGCUGGAUCCGGCCCUGCUGAACGUCUAUCGGCAUCAGAUACAGAUGGCGUACGGUAUGCCGGGAAUUCCUUCGAUGCCCUUCUCCUACUUCUACCCCUCGAAGAUGGCCACCGUGCCGAACGGGCCGAUAGCUCCUUCCGUCGUCCUGUCCGCACCGUCCUCGUCGUCGUCCACCUCGUCCAACUCCUGCAAGCCGCCCAGCUCUCACCACGGUCCACUUCAGGCCGCAUCUUCAGGGCCGCUGAACUUCUCCACCCGGUGCGACAGUGAUGCGGAAAAUGUAAAUUCAACCGGACGGCGGUCACCCUCGGAAUUGUCCGGACCGGGCUCGGAUGACGUGCGAUCGCGCAGCCGGAUGGAUGUGGAUGUAAGCGGCCACUGCAGUGUGCUGUCGUCGGCGGGCGAAGGCGACGAGGACGAGUGUGAAAAUGUGGAGAUCGAUUAAUGUGGAUGGGUGAGGCGGUUGUGGCUGGGCUAA